AUGCCACCAUCUUUCGUUUCAAUAACACUCUACCCCGGGUUCGUCGAUUUCUAAUGUUAACCCGCGGUCGACCUAAUGCCGACGUCUGCAUUUCGUAAUGUUCCGCGCUAUCAAAGUUACCCGCAGGUGUCCGGUUACUUUGAUAACCAUACAGAAAGCACCUUUAGGCUGCGAAUUUCCCAAUUUCAGAAUGCUCAUGAUGAUUCUAUUACCUUAUAAGGCAAUAACGAUGAAAAUAGAACAUACGAGGCCGUAUCUUCGUUAUCACGUUCGAAUAAAAACACGCUGACACAAGAAUGCCGUCAGUUUAUAAGCGUAAGCCUGGCUCUCGAGCUUACCGCACGCAGUACAGCCAAGAAACGCUAGAGGCCGCUUUGAAGGAGGUGAGAAAUGGUAAAAGUGUGUUCGCUGCAUCAAAAGAAUUUAAAAUACCGUAUGGUACGUUAUACAAUUAUUCUAAAGAAAAUCCCAUUCACGAAAAAGGACGACCGGGAAGAAAACCUGCCUUAUCUGAAGAAGAGGAGAACACUUUAGUUGAGUUGAUUAGUCACCUUACGUCUUGGAAGUUUCCAAUUGAUUCUUUCAACAUAAAACAGAUUGUACACUCAUACUUAAUGAAAAAGAACAUUACAGUGAAGCAAUUUAAGGAUAACUGGUAA